AAAGCAAAUUAAACUUGGAUAAUCCAAUAGCCACAAUCUAAAAUAGGAGAACGACAUGGCCUUGGAUUGUUUUCGAUAGAGUUGCAAAUCAACCAAUCAAAUGAAUUAUCCAAAACUCCCUCUCUCUCCUCACCUCUCUUCCAAAAUCAUCUCACAUUUUCACUGUAAAUCCCUUUCUUCCCUCUUCUCCAAUUCACAAAAUCAUGGUAAUUACCCUCUCAUCUUCCCCGCCAAUACCCUCUUUCUGUGGCAUCAAAACCCUUUUCAGUUCCAACCCUAAAUCACUCUCCAAACCCAGAACCCGAUUAGCCUUUCUCAAACCCAAACAAGAUAAAGGGUUGAACUUGCGGAGAAUUCAUAACAAUAAUACUAAUUUUGGCAGAGAAUCAAGGAAUUACAGGUGUAAUUUAUCUGGGUUUGAUUUGGGUGGCCUGGAAGGUCCUCAAUCAGUAAUUGAAGCAGCUGGUGUUCUUACUGCAAUCAUAGUUGUUCAUGAAAGUGGUCAUUUUUUGGCAGCCUAUCUUCAGGGAAUUCAUGUAAGUAAAUUUGCAGUUGGGUUUGGUCCAAUUUUAGCUAAAUUUAAUGCUAAUAACGUAGAAUACUCUCUUAGAGCUUUUCCUCUUGGUGGUUUUGUGGGUUUUCCUGAUAAUGAUCCUGACAGUGAUAUACCUGUUGAUGAUGUUAAUUUGCUGAAAAACAGACCCAUUUUUGAUCGGGUUUUAGUGGUUUCUGCUGGUGUUAUUGCCAACAUUUUGUUUGCUUUUAUCAUCAUUUUUGUGCAAAUUGUGUCUGUUGGUUUGCCUGUUCAAGAAGCCUUUCCUGGUGUACUUGUUCCUGAUGUACGCCCUUUUUCGGCAGCUUCUCGAGACGGGUUGCUGCCCGGAGAUGUUAUCCUGUCUGUUAAUGGCUUCGAAUUGUCGAAAACCGGCCCUAAGACUGUUACUGAAGUUGUUGAUGUUAUUAAGACUAGUCCUAAGAAGUAUGUUCUGCUUGGAAUUCAUAGAGGAGGAGCUGAACAAGGACAGGAUCUUGAUAUUAAGGUGACACCUGAUGAAAGUUAUGAUGGAACUGGUAAAAUUGGAGUUCAGCUAUCUCCUAAUGUCAGUAUUAGAAAGGUUAAGCCUAGUAAUAUUGUUCAGGCUUUCAAUUUCACUGGAAAAGAGUUUUGGGGUCUAACCUCAAAUGUGUUGGAUAGUUUAAAACAGACAUUCAUGAACUUUUCGCAAUCAGCUGAAAAAGUUUCAGGUCCGGUUGCUAUAAUCGCAGUUGGAGCAGAAGUAGCAAGGUCCAACAUUGAUGGACUUUACCAAUUCGCGGCAAUUUUGAACAUAAAUCUGGCAGUGAUAAAUCUGCUGCCACUGCCAGCAUUAGAUGGGGGUACAUUGGCAUUGAUACUGAUAGAGGCAGCCAGAGGAGGAAAGAAGCUCCCUUUGGAAGUGGAGCAGCAGAUUAUGUCUUCAGGUAUAACAUUAGUCUUAUUGCUUGGGGUGUAUCUUAUAAUCCGAGACACUCUAAACCUUGAUUUUUUCAAAGAAAUGUUGUGA